GGAUUUCGAGAGAACUUAUCGAAUUUAAGGUCAGAAGAUUUUAAAGUUUUAAUUUUCAAAGAUAAAUAAUUUAAAUAGAUUAAUCGUGUUUGGCAGCGGUACCGCGCCGCAGUGCACGUGUAAAGAAAUGGCGGAUUGCGAGGAGAAAUGCGGGGACUGUUCUUUCGAUUAUGGGGAAGACAGACAGAAGGGCGUUUGCUUGAUAAAAGAAGAAUUUAUUAUCGAGGACCAUGUAAGACAAUUGAGUGAACAGUGCUUGACAGAGACCGAUAGGCAGAAAGUGUCUGUGAAUAUAGGCACAGAAGAUACGGCUGCGCCGUUGUUGGAUGAAGUACCUGUUAAGAAACCCAAAUUGGAUGACAAGAGAGAGAAGCUCAGAGGUCAAAAUAAGGCAAGACCGCCUCCAUUUAAAGUUUCCAGAGAAUUGACUUUAUGCCCAUGGAUUGCGGAUCAGUCAGUGGAUAGACCUGAGAGAAAUUGCUCGAAUCCACGCUGUACUUUCCUGCACGAUCGAAAGGAGUAUUUGAAGAUCAGGCCAGAAGAUAUAGGUACGGAAUGUUAUAUUUUCAAUUUGACUGGCAAGUGCCCAAGGGGACUCUCUUGCAGAAUGGGCUCACGACACUUGACUGAAGAUGGCUUUAACAUUAUUGACAAGGAGAAACUUGAGGAAUACAGUAAGUGUCCACCACCUACAAAGAAUCACUUAUCCAAAGAACUACAAAACAAAUUGCGUAAGCACAAAUACAUUUUUGCUAAGGCAGAAGCAAUUGUCAAAGCUAAUGGUCCAUCCAAGAGAAAGACACAAUUACCAAGUUCAAAUAAUAAAAUAGAAGACAAGAAUGAUACAAAGUUAGAUGUUCCAGUUGAUAUUUCUGGCAAUAGUAACAACGAGAAAGCAGAUAAAAGCAUUUUAGACAACGUAAAUGACGAGGAAGCAAAAACAGAUGUUUCUGAUUGCAAUAUUUUGCAACAAUCAAACGAAUUGAAACUCGGACCUGUAGAUGAUAGUGAUUUAAUCAAAUUGCGACAGUCGGAGAAGAAGAUGAUUGAUUGGAAAGGCAAGAUACUACUCAGUCCUCUAACUACAGUGGGUAAUUUGCCGUUUCGAAGAAUUUGCAAGGAGUAUGGCGCCGAUAUUACCUGCGGCGAGAUGGCAUUGGCGCCGAAAAUACUAAAGGGCGCACAGGAGGAAUGGGCGUUAGUGAAGCGACAUGAAAGCGAGGAUAUCUUUGGCGUACAGCUCUGUGGCAAUAAUCCGGGAGUGCUGACGCGAUGUGCUCAACUGCUGAAUCAUGAGAUUAGUGUCGACUAUAUCGAUUUAAAUCUUGGAUGUCCGAUCGAUCUGAUUUAUAGAACCGGCGGUGGUAGCGGUAUGCUCAAUCGAUUGAAUGUACUUGAGACCGUGGUAAAGUCUGUUAGCCAAGUACUGGACAUACCCUUGUCUGUUAAGACUAGAACUGGCGUCUACAUGGAUAAACCGAUCGCGCAUAAUCUAAUGCCGAAGUUUCGAGACUGGGGAGUGUCCAUGAUUACCGUUCACGGCAGGUCGCGUGAGCAAAGAUAUACGAAGCUGGCUGAUUGGGAGUACAUAGAAAAAUGUGCAAUAGCAGCGCAGCCAAUACCUGUGUUUGGGAACGGCGAUAUUCUAUCCUUCGAUGAUUAUCGUCGUAUAAAAGAGACCUACAAUACAGUGCAGGGAAUCACCAUUGGGCGCGGUGCACUAAUCAAACCGUGGAUCUUUACCGAGAUAAAGGAGAAAAAGUUAAUCGAUAUAUCGAGCGCGGAAAGAUUCGAUAUUCUCAGGAAGUACACGAAUUACGGACUCGAGCAUUGGGGAUCAGAUACCCGCGGCGUCGAAACCACCAGGAGAUUUAUGCUUGAAUGGAUCUCCUUCCUUCAUAGGUACAUUCCUGUUGGAAUUUUGGAGAGACCGCCGCAGCGGAUCAACGAGAGGCCACCGUUCUAUAGAGGUCGCGACGAUAUGGAGACUUUGAUGGCCAGUUCCAACUGUGCCGAUUGGGUGAAAUUAUCUGAGAUGCUGCUUGGAAAAGUGCCUGAUGGAUUCAAUUUCUUACCAAAGCACAAAGCAAACUCGUGGAAAUAGUUCGCUACUACGAGAUAAAUUUUUAUAGGAAAGCAUUUUUCGAAGUGACUAGUUCUACGUUGUUGAUUUUUCGCAAUAAACGAUACGUAAAAGAGAAGGAUUAAUAAUGGUAAGAUGACACGCUGGCAACACGUUUUAUUUGCGUUUAUAUAAUGCAAUAAAUAUUUUUAUGAAGAA